GACGUCCGACCAAAAUGGCAUUCAAAGUCCUUCUCCUUGCCGCUCUCAUGGCCGCCACCCUCGCCCGCCCUGACCGCCCUCCGGCCUACGGGUAUGCCGCCCCUACACCUGCUUACGCCCCCGCCAAGUACGACUUCAACUACGCCGUCAACGACCCACCAUCUGGCAACGACUUCGGACACCAGGAAGCCCGUGAUGGAGACUUCACUCAGGGAUCCUACUACGUCCUGCUUCCCGACGGUCGUCUUCAGAGGGUCACCUACAAUGUCAACGGCGAUUCUGGCUUCCUGGCCGAGGUCACCUACGAGGGUGAGGCUCAGUAUCCAACACAGCAGCGCGCUUACACGCCCGCACCCGUCUACGGUUAAAGAUUGAUUAACGUAUUUGAUAUUUAAUUUAAUUUAUGAUUUUUUGUAUGAUUUAUGUGAGCUAUGAAUU